UUCAUCUUGCAAUCCUUUUUGAGGUUCGGUUUUCGUAGUACCACGUUGAGCGUGCGAAAACGUGUGUUUUAUUCUAAGUCGAAAAAUUAGAAAAAACCAAAAUGGGUGCAACCAAGAAGCAAAAAAAAGCCAUCGAGAGCAUCAACAGCAGACUUGCCCUGGUGAUGAAGUCUGGAAAAUAUUGCUUAGGCUACAAGCAGACCCUGAAGACUUUGAGACAAGGUAAAGCCAAGCUCAUCAUUAUUGCUAAUAACACUCCACCACUAAGAAAGGGAGAGAUCGAGUAUUAUGCCAUGUUGGCGAAGACCGGAGUCCACCAUUAUACUGGUAAUAACGUAGAAUUGGGAACAGCAUGUGGAAAAUAUUUCCGAGUGUGCACGAUGUCCAUUACUGAUGCAGGUGAUUCAGACAUUAUCAAAUCAUUGCCCACCGGAGAAGGAGGAGCUCAGUAAUACCUAAGUUGUACAGUUAAUUAAAUAAAUUUUUUUUUGAAUAACACUCA